CUGUGCCCCCAACCCCCACUGCCGCAGACGGCCUCCUCAGCCCGCGGCGCGAGCUCCCCCGAGGGUCUAGGGAGCUGGAGAGCCCGUGCUGCGAACCGAGCUACCGCCUCCGCCACGGCCAGAGCCGGCAGCCGGCGCUUCCAGGCCGGACCGGACGGGAACCUCCCGCCUCUCGCGGGAAUCACCGCCUACCGGCUCGACUGGGAGGAGCCGUGGCCGCUACCUCUUCGGACUGCGGAAGAGCCCCGACUGCCUAAGGAUGUUCAGUAGACUGCGGCGCUGAGAGGCCACAUUCCUGUCACUUCUGGCUGCGGGGCUUCCUAUCCCCGGAAUCCCUGCUUGUCCCAGCGUACGAAGCCUGGUGGGACCGACGAGGAGGACAACAGGGGUCUCUCGGCCUGCGGACAUGGAUCCGCGCGAGCCUGGCGCGGGACGGCCCGAGACGCGGCGGAGGCUGCGGCCACGAGCGCCCGCCAGUCCCAGAUAGAGGAGGCGAGAGAGGCCGGCUCUGCGGCGGCUGGGACUUGCAGGCCCUCGAGACCCCGGAGGAGGUGUGGACGCCCAACCGGGAGCUGAUCCUGCUGUAGCUCUGGAGGGAUUCCUGGGCCCACCCUGCGCCUCGCCGACUUCUUCCGUGACGAAGUUUUCUCCUUGAGCUUUCUCGAGGAUUUAUCUCUAGCUCUAGAACUUGCCUUCUGGCAGGGCCUCUCGGUUUGUUUUGGGAGGUAACUUGUUUUGCUUCAACCCACAUCACCCAUCCAGGACCCCUUUCAGUCGGACGUUCUAGAUGACUGAAUGGAGUUUUGAGUUGGACUUUUUUGCCCGUUCCGGAGUAGGGCCUGGUCCCAGAGCAGUGGGAGUAGGGUGGAGGUGUUACUGUAAAAUGCAAAUUGGAUAAAAGAAGGAUCUCUCGCCAAGGGCCCCAAUGAGUGGCACGCAGUCUACUAUCACGGACAGGUUUCCCCUCAAAAAACCUAUAAGGCACGGAAGUAUUCUGAACCGAGAGUUGCCAACAGAUAAGAAGCAGAAAGUUGAGCGCAGUGUAUCACAUGAUUUUGACCCCACAGAUAGCUCCUCCAAGAAGACAAAGUCUAGUUCAGAGGAGAGUAGAUCCGAGAUAUAUGGUCUUGUUCAGCGUUGUGUGAUCAUCCAGAAGGAUGACAAUGGAUUUGGGCUGACGGUCAGUGGAGACAAUCCAGUCUUCGUACAGUCUGUCAAAGAAGAUGGAGCAGCCAUGCGGGCUGGAGUACAGACAGGGGAUCGAAUCAUCAAGGUGAAUGGAACACUGGUGACUCAUUCAAACCAUUUGGAGGUGGUAAAGUUAAUCAAAUCUGGUUCCUAUGUAGCUCUCACUGUUCAGGGACGCCCACCUGGGUCGCCCCAAAUUCUGCUUUCUGAUUCUGAAGUAGAACCAUCAGUCACUGGACAUAUGUCUCCCAUUAUGACAUCCCCUCAUUCACCUGGAACAUCUGGGAAUAUGGAGAGAAUUACUAGUCCUGUGCUUAUGGAGGAGGAAAACAAUGUGGUUCAUAACCAGAAAGUAGAAAUUCUGAGAAAAAUGUUACAGAAAGAACAGGAACGGCUACAGUUAUUGCAGGAAGAUUACAACCGAACACCUGCCCAGAGAUUGCUAAAAGAGAUCCAAGAGGCCAGGAAACAUAUUCCUCAAUUGCAAGAACAGUUAUCCAAAGCCACGGGCUCUGCUCAGGAUGGAGCUGUAAGUACAUCCUUCAAGCCUUUAGGUGACACGUUAACAGUCAGUGAGUUAGAUGCAGAUCCUGGUGAUGGACUAGGCAAAAUUGAUUCUAACAGUGGAGAUGCUUCUUGGCCCAGCAGUGAUAAUGCAGAUAGUCCUAAGAGUGGCCUGAAAGAGAAGAUUUAUCUAGAGGAAAACCCAGAGAAAAAGGAAGUAAUCCAGGACACUGAUACUCAAUUACUCGUCGGAAGUCCCUCAACCCAUAUAACACCUCAUAUUAUUGGAGCAGAGGAUGAUGAUUUUGGUACUGAACAUGAACAGAUCAAUGGGCAGUGCAGCUGUUUCCAGAGCAUUGAAUUACUAAAAUCUCGCCCCGCUCACUUGGCUGUUUUUUUACACCAUGUAGUUUCACAGUUUGACCCUGCAACAUUGCUUUGUUAUCUCUAUUCAGACCUUUACAAACAGACUAAUUCCAAGGAGACUCGUCGUGUCUUCCUUGAGUUUCAUCAGUUCUUCCUGGAUCGAUCUGCACACCUGAAGGUUUCUGUUCCUGAUGAAAUAUCAGUAGAUCUAGAGAGAAGACGGCCUGAACUCAUUCCUGAGGAUCUGCAUCGCCACUAUAUUCAAACUAUGCAAGAAAGAGUCCACCCAGAAAUUCAGAGGCACUUGGAAGAUUUUCGGCAGAAACGGAGCAUGGGGCUGACCCUGGCUGAAAGUGAGCUGACUAAACUUGAUGUAGAGCGAGACAAGGACCGGGUAACUUUGGAGAAGGAACGAGCAUGUGCAGAACAGAUCGUUGCCAAAAUUGAAGAAGUGUUGAUGACUGCUCAGGCUAUAGAAGAAGAUAAGAGUUCGACGAUGCAGUAUGUUAUUUUCAUGUACAUGAAGCAUUUGGGAGUUAAAAUGAAAGAACCUCGAAACUUGGAGCAUAAGCGGGGUCGGAUUGGAUUCCUUCCAAAAAUCAAACAAAGUAUGAAGAAAGAUAGGGAAGGCGAAGAGAAAGGGAAGCGAAGAGGAUUCUCCAGCAUCCUGGGACCCCCAAGGAGGCCAAGCCGUCAUGACAACAGUGCAAUCGGCAGAGCCAUGGAACUACAGAAGCAGCGCCACCCUAAGCAUUUAUCCACACCAUCAUCUGUGAGUCCUGAACCUCAGGACUCUGCUAAGUUGCGCCAGAGUGGGUUAGCAAGUGAAGGAUCAGACAUUGGAUACCUGCCAGCCAAUUCCAUGUCUUCUGUGGCUUCAGUGGCCACUCUUUCCCAGGAAGGAGGGAAAGAGAAUGAUAUGGGAUCAAAGCAAGUUGGAGAAACACCAGCAUCUGGAGACUCCUUGGAUGGCAUGCCUCGUACUUCCAAUACCAUCUUUGAUUUUCUGCCUCCUCCAUUAGAUCAGGUGCAAGAGGAGGAAUGGGAAGUAGAAAGGAUACCUGAACAUGGGACACCAAAGCCCUUUCGAAAGUUUGAAAGCAUAGGUUUUGGAGAAAGUCAAAGUGAGGAUGAACAGUUUGAAAAUGACUUAGAGACAGAUCCACCCAACUGGCAACAGCUCGUUAGUCGAGAAGUGUUAUUGGGACUAAAGCCUUGUGAAAUCAAAAGACAGGAGGUAAUUAAUGAAUUGUUUUAUACUGAAAGAGCUCAUGUUCGAACACUAAAGGUUCUUGAUCAAGUGUUCUAUCAGCGAGUGUCCAGAGAAGGAAUUCUGUCACCUUCAGAAUUACGGAAAAUUUUUUCAAACUUAGAAGAUAUUCUUCAACUUCACAUUGGGUUGAAUGAGCAAAUGAAAGCCAUUCGAAAAAGGAAUGAGACCUCUGUUAUUGAUCAAAUUGGGGAAGAUUUGCUGACCUGGUUCAGUGGACCAGGGGAAGAGAAAUUGAAACAUGCUGCUGCUACCUUUUGCAGUAAUCAACCUUUUGCCCUGGAAAUGAUCAAAUCUCGUCAGAAAAAGGAUUCUAGAUUCCAUACUUUUGUUCAAGAUGCAGAGAGUAAUCCACUAUGUCGUCGUCUGCAGCUGAAGGAUAUCAUUCCUACCCAAAUGCAGAGGCUUACUAAGUACCCUCUUCUAUUGGAUAAUAUUGCCAAAUACACAGAGUGGCCGGCAGAAAGGGAGAAGGUGAAGAAAGCUGCAGAUCACUGUCGUCAGAUCUUAAAUUAUGUAAAUCAGGCUGUCAAGGAGGCAGAAAACAAACAGCGUUUAGAAGAUUAUCAGCGUCGCCUUGAUACCUCCAAUCUGAAGUUGUCAGAAUACCCAAAUGUUGAAGAGCUCAGGAAUUUGGAUUUAACAAAAAGGAAGAUGAUUCAUGAAGGGCCAUUGGUUUGGAAGGUGAAUAGAGAUAAAACUAUUGAUCUAUAUACAUUGCUUCUGGAAGACAUUCUUGUAUUGUUACAAAAGCAGGAUGAUAGACUGGUAUUAAGGUGUCAUAGUAAGAUUCUGGCAUCUACAGCUGAUAGCAAACACACAUUUAGCCCUGUCAUUAAGUUGAGUACAGUGUUGGUUCGACAAGUGGCAACAGAUAACAAAGCAUUUUUUGUCAUUUCCAUGUCAGACAAUGGAGCCCAAAUUUAUGAACUGGUGGCACAGACAGUUUCUGAAAAGACUGUCUGGCAGGACCUAAUCUGUCAGAUGGCUACAUCAGUGAAGGAGCAAUCCACAAAGCCAAUUCCAUUGCCACAGUCACCACCUUGCGAAGGAGACAAUGAUGAAGAAGAAUCUCCAAAAAUAAAAGUGGAACAUCAUGACAUUUCAGUCACUGGUCUGCAGAGCCCAGACAGAGAUUUGGGAUUAGAGUCUCCCUUAAUAUCGUCAAAAACUCAACCUCAUUCAUUGGGUGCCUCUGGAAAAUCAGAGGUAGAUGACCUCUUUGUGGCUGAGAGACAGUUUGCAAAGGAACAGCAUGCAGAUGGGACUGUAAGGGAAGUUGGAGUAAAUUACCAAAUCACAAUUCCAGAUUCAUACUUACCUGCCUCAGAAGGACAGUGGGCAUUGGAUGCACUAAGGAAUUUGGAUUUGUUGAAGCAGCUGCUGGUACAAAAGCUGAGUUUGACUGAGAAGAGCACUCAGGAAGAUUGGCCACAUUUCUCAAGAUACAGGAUAGCCUCCCCGGGGGUGCAGACAGGCAGUAGAACCCAGAACUUUGAAAUUAUUAAGGCCUGUCAUCCUGCUGAAAGACAGAUGUCCUUUAGAACUGGAACUGGUGACAUUUCAACUUGUUACAGUCCCCAGGGUUCAACUGAAUCUUACGUUCCACGGGAUUCAGUGGUACUGGCAUUCCAAGAUAGCCAGGCAAGUAACAUUUUAGUAAUGGACCACAUGAUUAUGACCCCAGAGAUUCCUCCUGCAGAGCCAGAAGGAGGUCUUGAUGAGAGUGGAGAGCACUUUUUUGAUGCCUGUGAAGUACAUAGUGAUGAUAAUCCAUCAGAAGGUGAUGGAGCAGUAAAAAAGGAAGAGAAGGAUGUUAAGUUACACAUCUCAGGAAACUAUUUGAUCCUUGACAGCUAUGAAACAGUGCAGGAGACCUCCACAGAUGAAGAGGUCGCCUCCUCGCUUCUUCUGCAACCCAUGAAAGGCCUCCCCUUUGUGGACUCUACCCACCAGCUGCAACAUUCUCCCCCGAAUACUCUUUCUGAUGGGGCAGUUUCACCAUUCACCUCAGAAUUCCUGGUCCAGCAGGGCUGGGGGGCUAUGGAGGAUUCCUGUUUUGAGAUCCAGAGUCCCUCCACUUACGCAGAUUCAAAAAGACAGAUCAUGGAGUACAUUCAUAAGAUAGAGGCCGACCUUGAACACUUAAAGAAAGUGGAGGAAAAUUAUACCAUUCUUUGCCAAAGGCUGGCUGGAUCAGCCCUCACAGACAACUACUUAGAUAAAAGUUAGAGCUGCGUGUCCUGGAGAUUGUUGGAUUUUAAGCAUCAGCCUUACAUCAGCACAUCCUGGCUCCAGUGUGCAGGAAGAGAGAGUCUGUGACAGGAUCUGCCUGUGAAGCCCCUGGGGUUAGUCAUGUCCCAGGGGCCCCAAAACAAGACUAGUUCUUCACAGUCUGGCAGCUGCACAACUCUGUCAAUGAUUGUUCCACCUGCACUCUGCUCUUCUCUGUCAGAAAUUUAUUUUGAUUCAGAACAACAAAAACCAAAUGUAUAGAGCUUUGGGUAUAGGAUAUGAAAUUUUAUUUAGACUUAAGGAAAUGCGAAAAUCAGAUGUAUUUAUUUGACUUCAUUCUGUAUUUGAAAGCACAUUUUAAUUUUUAUUUUGCCAUGUUUUGUUUUAAGUGAGUAGUGAUAGUUUUGGCCCUUUGUAUAUAGUACACAAAAGGAUCGGUUGCUUUUGAAGCAAAGAGUUCAGGAUAGGGUAUUAGGAGGCUGAGUAAAGAGGGAAAUAAAAGAAGGAAGUGAGAAGGGGAAGGAGGAGCAUCUAGCCUUCUAAACUGUAUCUCAUGCCCUCUGCUGUCCAGUAAGCUGCUUCUCUAAUGGGUCGCUCAAGGCACAAUAUGCCUGUGGCUCCUCCGUGCAGAAGACGGGCUGUGUGCUACCCAGGUAGGCAGAAAGUAGGUAGGUGGGCUUCCUCCCAUCUGAGGCAAGCCCUUCUUUUCUAGCUGGGAUCAACUCCCAGUUAACAGGAAUCCUCAAUGUACUAAAUAGCAGGCACUUGAAAAUGGGUGUUUUCUUUUCUGUUGAGGGUUGGGAUUUGGGAGGGAGAGGAAAACAAAUUUUAUUUUCUUGAUUAUAAAUUUCUUUUUCUUAAUAUUGUUUCAUUGUUAUAAUUAUGCAUUAGACUUCAGCACUUGUGUAACAUUAUUCCUGCAGAUUGAGCAGGAAGUAAAAAAAAUGGAGAUGCUUCAGGUGGUGGCAGGGCGUUGCUGAAGAGGGUGGGAUGAGAGAAGGUAAAAGACUUUGGAAGGUUAUAUAACUGAAUAACUACUGAGUUAAACAAUGGCUGUCAUUAGCCACAGGUACUGCUGAGUAAAUGGCCAGUAAAAUUUUAGUACCUGGAGGUUUGACUCUAACUUUUGCGCUGAUUGUGCCAAAGGGCUCUUUGAGUUAAAAGGAGUGCCAAGAGUAGAAUGGAAAGAUAUGGUGGAGAAGGCAGAGCUGCCCAAAUGAGCUUCAGAAGCACUUCCUCUGACUUCACUGCUGGAACAUUUUUCACACUGGUACCUGACCGACCUUAAAAAUUGCAGGCCAGAACAUAUAUUGGAUACUGCAAGCAAGGUCUUGGUAACUGUCUGUUCUGGAACGGCUAGUAUAUUGGCAGCACCCUACAGAGAAUAAAGGUUUCAGAGAACUCCUUCACUUGGAUUUCUCUGAGUUUCCUUGUACAUCAGGUAUAUAUGUUUUGAAGUAGUUUUGCCAACUAAAACUAAAUCAUUUGUCAAGUCUUAAAAUUCUGUUAAUAUGCAAUGAGUUAAUCCACUGCUCUUACCUUUCAGUAGAGCACUCUGAACUCUCUGAGUAGUCAGGAUAUAAUUCUAGUCUUCCUUGCAGUCCAAAUAUAUAUACUCAUCACAAAUGGUAAGGAUUCCCAAUUACUCUUAUAAACACCACUACAACUUAUAACAACCUCACCUAUGUCCACGUUCCUGUUUCUGUCUUUUCAAAACUGACCUAUGUUUUUAAGGAAACCGACUGACUUGGAUUGUUAGACCCUCAUUUAUGAAUUAGAAUUACAUUUUGGGUUGUAGAUCAAGCAUAAAUUAAAUCAGAAUGAGAUUAAAAAUUUUAGGAGAAGCUAAUAUAUAUGUGGAACUUGAACUUUCUGAUCUCUUAAGAGAAGCCAGAAGAAAGUAAUGGUUACAUUGUGCUGCUAGAAAUAAUGCAGUGGCUCACAAAGGGUUUCACCUGUAGCCACCUGACACAAAUACCAUCCAUGGGCAGUAAAUCAGGAGAAAAAUAAAAGAGAACUCUCACCUUACCUUCAGACACUACAGGGAUAUUACAUAAUUCUCUAGGACUCACUUAAGAAGCUUUAUAGGUUAGCAAUGUUUUGGUUCUUCUUCUAGCUCAGCAAAUAUCUUGUCCUUAGCAACUAUUUGCUAUUCUUUUCUUGCAGUUUAACCUAUACUUCGAACAAUAACAGGGCUAACUGGAAAAUACUUUGACCAUAGCUUUAGUACUUCUAAAUAAAUUUAUAUCUAGGUUUCAAACGAAGUCCCAAAAUGAAGUAUAAUUUUGAAAAGAUCCCACAGUUUCAACUGUUCUUUUAAUCUUACCAGCUGAACUUCUUCCCUCCUCCUUCCUAGCCUAACCCCCUACACCUUCCAUUUUAUUUAGGCUGUUGUAGUCAUAUCUAUUUUUCUUUGAUAUUAAUACUGCCUUUCAGGAUGAUGGAUUUCAUCCUCUCCUUGAGUAGAAAUUGUUACCAUUGAAGUCAUUUUCAAAGUUAAGUAACCAGCCGUUGGAAUCUGCUUCCCUUCAGAAGAACCCACAGGUAGUGGACAAAGCAACAUUCCCAGAACAGGAGGGCUGGGGUUUAGCUCCUAAUGGCUUCUUUGCUACUAAGUGGCAAAUCACAUUUGAAGUGAGAACAGAAAGCAGAGUUAAUCAAGACAAUUCAGUAAGUGCUCAGAGUGCUCUAGUUUAAAAUUUUGAUUACUGCCCUUGAGCUACAUAUUUUAUAUACCUUAAAAUCAACUAACUUGGACUGCUUUGAGUUAUCUUGGCUUUUCGAACCUAAGCUGUAACUGUUUAUUACGCUGCAUGGGAGGUAUAUUUCAUAAGCUUUAUGGCUUUUUUAUGAAAUUUCUCUCCCAUGCAGUAUAAUAGUUACAGUUUAGGUAAAAAGGAAAAAGGUUUUUAUUUGAUUUUGGAGGAGAGAGAGGGAAGCUAAUGUAAUAAUAGAGGAAAAUACUCUUGUUUUUUAUUAUUUUUAGAAGCUAAAGAAAAUAAUAUGCUUUCUAGGUUGUCUCUUAUUUUUAUUCGUUUUUUUCUUUUUGAUGUUGGUAAAUUUGGUGUGUUACAUGGAGCAUUUACAUUUCAAACUGGAAACUAUUUUCUCUGAAGGUUGUAUAUAGUGUUAUUUUGAACUAUUGUACUAGAGCUUUGGUCAAUAUUUUCUCCCUGUAUGUCACAGAAGGCACCAUUGAGAACUGGGUACAGAGGACCUCAAAAUAGACAACUAGCAGGACCUUCCAGUUAUCUCCCUGCUGGAUUUUUUCUCCUAGCAUUACAAUUUUUGUUUUAUAAAUUGUGGUUUUUCCUGACUUUUCUACUCUUUUUCUGCAAAAUUGUUCUUUCCUCAAGAACAGAGUUUCUUUGCUUCAUUUCUUAUGCCUUGCCACUGGUACUGAUUGUGUUGAUAAUAAAUUGGUAGGGGGGAAAAAUGUAUCUCCUAGAAGGAAGCUCUGCCUGCCAUUUCCGGGUGCCAACACUUAAGCAUAUGUCCUAUAAAAAUAACUGUAAUAUGCACACUGGUGGUUAUUUUUAAUAAGCCUCUUCCUACUAGAACAUUUUGUUUUCCUUGUUCACCAUAUAUUCAUGUACUCUUUAACAGAAAUUACUUUUAAAAAAUCUGGAACUACUUUAAAAAAACUUUAUUAAUAAUCAUAUACUUUUACUGAUCACAUUUUGAAAUACCUAAAAGACUUUAUUGUUCUAAUUAUCCAGAUACACCUCUGUAAAAUAGCUCUUUUAUGAAUUAGCUAAUAAGGCUGUAUGUUUCUGGAACAAAAUACUGGUCAUCUAAAAACUCGCUUUUCUGGGAUAUGGGAAAAUAAAAAAAUGAGAGUUCAAAUAUUAAAUAUGCUUAA